AUGGGCGAAACCGUCCAACCGUCGAAUCAGUUGCUUUCUUUGAAAGUCGUACGUCUGUCGCGACCCAAAAUCUUGGGAACUUCUCCACUUCCGGCAGAUCCGGUGGACCCUUUGCGGUUUUCUGAAUUGAUUAGUGCGGUUCUUGCUAGUGGAGAGAAGCGGUAUGAAACUCCCAUUGGCGAAUACCUCAUCGCUCCUCAAAUGUUUGAGAACAUUUAUCUAGGAGAAACUUUUACUUUUUAUAUGGACGUUGUCAAUGAAAGUGACCAGAAGGUCACGGAUGUCUCGGUGAAGUGCGAGUUACAAACGAACAGUCAAAGGGUUAGUCUGACAUCUAAUGUACAAGACGUGGUUUUGGAACCAUCGAGAAGUUCCGGUCAAAUUAUUAGUCACGAAGUGAAGGAAAUCGGCCAACAUAUCUUGAUUUGUUCUGUCAACUACAAAACUUCGUCAGAUGAGAAGAUGUACUUCCGGAAGUUCUUCAAAUUUCCAGUCGGAAAACCAAUCGAUGUCAAAACAAAAUUCUAUAAUGCAGAGAACAGCGACGUAUAUUUGGAGGCGCAGAUUGAGAAUACUUCCGCCACUGCUAUGAUACUGGAAAGGGUAGAUCUAGAACCAAGCCCAAAUUACACUGUUGCUAGCAUAAAAGCAGGUGACGAAGAUGAACCUGGUGGGAUGUAUCUUAAGCCAAGAGAUAUUCGGCAGUUUCUAUUUUGCCUCUCGCCGAAGGAUAUCCAUGCUACGGUGUACAAAGAUAUGACAAACAUUGGUAAACUGGAUAUGUCGUGGCGCACGCAUAUGGGGGAACGUGGGCGGUUGCAGACGAGUCCCUUGCAAAGGAUUGCGCCUACCCACGGUGAUGUCCGAUUGACCGUGGAAAAUUUACCAGCUACAGUCCCUGUUCGGAAACCAUUCAGUGUUGAUUGCAGACUUUAUAAUUGUUGUGAAAGAUCAUUGGAUCUACGGCUGGAGCUACAAAAUGUAUCGCAGUCGCUUAUUCUGUGCUCAAUCAGUGGCAUCUCAUUAGGGCAGCUCCCACCUAAUGGCAACGUAGCGUUUAGUGUAGAGAUGAUACCUAUUGCUAUAGGCUUUCAGUCGAUAUCCGGAAUACGGAUAGUGGAUUCAUUUGCAAAAAAGAUUUAUGAUCACGAUGAUAUUGCACAAGUAUUUGUGAUGUGAAUGGGUAUUUCGUUUAGAUAUACUGAUUUUUCUAUUGCUCAGUGAUAUUUGCUGGAUUUGUUCACGACAAUUCUUGUUGCAAAUUCAUAGGAUAGAGUAAAGAACGGGAAAGGUGUAAGCUCGCUAUGCCUUUUCAAUUUCUUAAGUUGCGAAAAUUCAGUCACCCUCAAUUCAUCGCAUAAGCGCC